AUGCGUCGUACCUACAUCCUCUCCGACACGGAUAUCCUCGGCGUUUGCGUCAGCGCGCUCUUUGCGCUGCCCAGUGUCAGAGCUAUUCUACCGGGUGCACCAGAUUUCGGUGCAAUCAUCGACUUGAUUGGAAUCAUUCCGAAUAUCAUCGUCGUAUCGCUUUGCACGACGGCUAUCGCACUCUCGAAACUCACCAUGCGCCGACCGAAGAACGAAUAG